UCUCUCUUCUCUCUCUCUCUCUCACAUCAUCAUCGUCUCUCUCUCGCUCUGUGCCUGUGCGUCGUAAUCUAUACAUACUCACGUACACGUAUAAACGGGUCUUCUAUAUAUCUAUAUGUGUGAGGAUAUUGCAAUACGGUGCAAUUGACCGGAGGAUGUACGGUGGCUCGUCGAAGCUCGGCCGUGGAGGCGGUAGGGGCGGUGCCGCUUCCGGAGGACCGUCGCUUGUCCGGAACUCCUACCGAAAUCCCUCCCUUGUUGGUAGGAUGUCGUCGGGAGGCGGCGGCGCUUCCGCCCCGCGCCAAAGCAGCACCUCCGGCGGAAGGGCCACCGCGACGCCACAGGCUGUCGAGGAAACCUUCAGCCUUGUGCCUAGUAAGAACCUACCGGCUUUCGCCAUGAUCAUACGGCUUGCGCCUGACUUGGUAGAGGAUAUCAGGCGUGUCGAAGCGCAGGGUGAGACCGCAAAGAUCAAGUUCGGCGCGUCUUCUAACAAUACAAGUGGGAAUAUUAUUAAUGUAGGUGGAAAGGAAUUCAAGUUUACUUGGUCCCGAGAGCUUGGUGAUUUAUGUGAUAUAUAUGAAGAACACCAGAGCGGUGAAGAUGGAGAAGGUGUGCUGAUUGAGGCCGGGUGUGCUUGGCGGAAAUUGAAUGUUCAACGUACUCUUGAUGAGUCUACCACUAACCACAUGAAGAUGCGCUCAGUUGAAGCUGAACAGAGAACCAAAUCACGCAAGGCAAUCGUGUUAGACCCUGGGAAUCCAUCAUUGACCAAGCAGUUAGCUCUUGCAGAAGCAAAUCCAUGGAGAAUGUUGAAUAAACAGAAAAAGGAACAGUCACACAAGAAGUGGAAGAUUGAGCCACCCCCAGUUCCAAUUGGAGGUCCAAGGCCUGCUCUCAAACCAGGGGCUUCAACCACUGCUAGUAAAGGUAGACCCUCAGCUUCACCGGGAUCAUCUCCUCCUAAUCUAUCCAAUGCUUCAUCUUCUCCAUAUGGAUUUGGGAAUUUUGCUAAAAGUCAUACAGCCAGUGAAGAUGUUCCUUCAGUCCAGGCAAAGGGCAAAGAAAACCCAGUUGUUAGCGAAAAAGAUCCAUCAACGAGGGCCACUAAUGCAUUAUGGGACACAUCUGGAAACAAAGCCACUAAUAUUGACAAACCAAUUGAUUUGCAGACAAUGCUGAUUAAUCUCCUAAAGGAUGCUCCAAUGAGCUUGGAGGCACUGGAGAAGGCUGUUGGUGAUAAAAUCCCUAAUGCUGCAAAGAAGUUUGAACCAGUUUUGAAAAAAAUAGCAGAUGUGCAAGCUUCAGGAAGGUAUUUCUUAAAAUCAGGUGCAGAGUUGGAAAGCAAUAAGAAGCUUUCACCUGAAACUGGAAGCUCUCCUGAAGACCAGCAAUUGUGUCUAAUCACUGAGUGCAGUCAUGAACAAUCACCUGUUCUAGGGGCCAAGAAUGUGGAGAAUAUUUCUGUAUGUGAGCCUAGUGGAAAGUAUCAACAAGAUGAUAUAAGUGUACAUCCAGAAGGACAAUCAAGUUCGCCAGAAAAUGUGGACAUUGAACGCCUUUCACCUGGAAUUCUUGGCGAGGAAAAGCCAUAUGAAAAUGGAGAAGACCAGGCUGGUAGUUCUGGUGAUUCCGCAAGCGAUAGUGACGGUGAUAGUGAAAGUGACAGUGAGAGCAGUAGUGACUCUGAACCUUCUUCCAACAGUAAGGAGGGUUCAGAUGUGGAUGUGGAUAUCAUGAGUGAUGAUGACAGACAGCCCCGACAUACAAUUGAGUCAGCUGAAAUCGGGUUGCCUGCAUCUACUCUCCCAAGUCAAACUGAUUUUUGUGCCGCUGGUCUCAAUGAAUCUGCUGAAAAAGAAGGGGAUGAUGGAUUUGAUGCUUAUGAUAUCGCGGGUCAUGAUUCUGAUGCUGUUGAUAUUGAAGGUAAUGAUUCUGAUGCUGUUGACAUUGACAGACCCAGGUCUGGUUCUGUUGGCAUCGAUGGUCACAGCUCUGAUGAGGGUCAUGGUUCUGAUGGUGUCAGAACCUUUUUCCCUGAUAAUAACUGUAAAUUGGAACCCAUUACUGCUAAUACCAGUGCUGCAAAUGAAGAUGGCAGGGAUUUGGGUUGGGGACAUUUUUCUUCUGAUCACGAUAAGAUACGAGAGCGGCACGACUUUAUUGGUAGGUUGUUUGAUGACACAGAGAAUAUAGUGAAGGAUAGCUUCGACAAUGAGCAAUCUGAUAGCCCUGAGAUGCGAGCCAGAGGUAACACCAAAAGGGGCCCUGAUCUGGAGCACUUCAAUCAGAAAUCAGAACGGGUGAAAAGGAUGAAAGCCGAGAGCAUGAAGCAAUUUCCUACUAUGCGUAAAGAGCAUGUUCAGCCUCCGGAAGGCAUGUACGACCUGUCACCUACUAUCAAGGUCUCUGCCAAUCACAUGGUAGAUCCAGUCGAGAGGGAAACUGAUGCUAAUUGUGAUCCAGGUAGAGGACCAAGCAAGGCAUUUAUAGAAAAAUCGAAUUCAGAUUUCCCGCCAUUUAGUGUCAAAAUAUCUAAAAGCUUGCAGAUCAAGCCUACUGAUGGAAAAGGGAGAUCAAACAAACAUAUCGAUUCCUCGGGAAAUGUCCGUAAAUCUGCUUAUUCACAUGAAAUUCUUUCUAACCGAACAGGGAAGGUUUCUGGGGACAGCAAAAAGGACAGUAAUCAUCCAAAAGAUAGGUUCCUAAGGAAUAAAAAAGAUGGUGAAUCAGCACGCCAACUUGCAUUACCUUCUGAAGGCCCUGGUAAAAAACACGGUAAACUGGAGGGAAAUGGCAAAGACGCUAAGAAUGUUUCAGGCUUGAGCUCGGGAUCGUCCCCCUUCGAUAAUCAGAGAACAUCUUCGCCAAAUUUCCAUGUCAAGGGAAAUGGAUCUAUGCUCCAAAAGGUUGUCUCAGAUUUGGAGGUGGGUGAACUUCGUGAACCAUUGGGUGAAGAUACAGCAGCUAAGCAGCUUGAAAGGAAAAGCUCUUUCCGGCAGUCAGAUGAUAAACCAAGCACUUCAGUGAGCUGGGAUUUGGAAUCAGAUAAAAGAAAGCCAUCCAAAAAAUCUAACUUCGACUCAAAAAAGCUGGCACCUACACAUACUGGCAAUGUUAUUAAGGGAAUGCCAGGACAAGGCAUUGAAGAUUCAGCAAGAUCUCACAAAUGGGGUUUGCUAUCACAUGCACCUCGUCAUUCAGGAUCAGAAAAUAACGAAACUGGUUCACAAUAUGGCCAAUUGGAGGAGAAAAGUAAUAAAUCAAGGCCAAUUGACAGCGGAACAAGACCGGGAAGCAGUGUCGGAGGUUAUGGAGAGACCAUAAAAAAGGCAUCAACUGUUGCACCACAAAGACAUGGCUCCAAACGGGGAUCUGUUCCCCGCUCUUCAAGGGAGAGUAAAAGACACGCAUCGGGUGCAACUGCAAAUUCGGUCAAUGGACAGAACGAUACGGGUCUAAUACCAAGUGAUGGUGUUGGUCGGAAGAAAAGAGAGACAUCUUUUGAUGAAGAAGACUCCGCAUAUUUGAAGUACGAAAAGGCUUCUCCUGAGCUGAAGGGACCUGUCAGUGAUCAUUCCCAAUAUAAAGCCUACAUACAGGAAUAUCAAGAAAAAUACGGUAGCUACUGCUCCCUCAACAAGAUAUUAGAAAACUACAGAAAUGAAUUUCAAAAAAUGGGAGAAAAUCUUGAGUUCACUAAAGGCAGGGAUGUGGAAAUGUAUAACAAAAUUUUGCAGCAGUUGAAGGGUUCUUACCGCAAAUACGGGGAGAGGCAGAAACGUUUGAUGAGAAUAUUUGUUGUUCUACAUGAAGAACUGAAGAAUCUGAAGAAAAGAAUGAAAGAUUACGCGUCUUCUCGUGGAAAUGAUCGAUCACGACACGUUUUGUAGCGAUGAAACUCUUUGAGAUAUUCAUUGGUGUAAAAAAAUAUAUGAUUCAUAGUCUCAAUUUUUUGUGUUAGUUGUAGUAAUAGACAAGACAAUUCUGGUUAGAUAUAUAUCUUCUCCCUGAGUUAUUGUGUUUUAGCUUCUCUUUUUUUUUCGGACCCUCGACGGUAAAUUUGUACAUGGAACUACGAGGGUAAUGACUAAUGAGUGGUGGUGGUUAUCUUU